GGCGAGGGGCCGAGACGGUCCCACCGGUGGCAGCAUCUUUGAGGAUGAAAGCAUGAAAUUACGACAGCUGAAACUAGAGAAUCAGAUCCCUCCUCAGUCUUCUCUAGGCUAAACAGCCCCAGGUUCCACAGCCUUUCUCAUGAGGAAGAUGUUCCAGUCCCCUGAUAACCUUGGUGGCCUUGUUCUGGAGUUUCUCCAGAAGUUCUGUGUCUCUCUUGAGCUUGGGAGCCCAGAACUGGACACAGGGGGUGCUACGAGAGCUCUUCUACAGAAGAAGCAGAGGAAGAAACGUCUUGAUCCCUUGAUGGUACAGCCAAAUCCUGAGGCAAAGUUGCGUAGGUCAAAGCCCAAAGGGUGUGACGAGCAGACUCCUUUAGUAGAAACUCCUACCCCUUUUCACAGCCAUGUUAUUUUACAUGGCAUUGAUGGACCAGCUGCUUUCACGAAAUUAGAAGUGCAAGAUUUGAGGACCAAGGUCCAAACUCUGUCUGCUGGAUCUUCCAAAACAGAAGACAAUACAGAUGAGGAGAAUAAUGGAGUGGCUCUACCAGACACAGCAGGCAAACCAGAUCUGCAAGAAAUCUUACAGAAACAAGGAAUUUCAGGCAGUUUGAAUUUUGAUGAGGAGGACACAGAAGAGGAGGAAGCUAGUAAGAGACCAGCAUCUCAUUCACCAUACCGUGAACCUGAGAGGCCUAGUUCUGCAACCAGUGAGAAAUCUUUUUUGGAAACAGGUGCUUCCUGUAGUUCAUCCCCUCAGGCAGAUGCACAGUUGGGAGAAGUAGAGAACUUGGAAGAUUUUGCAUUACGUCCUGCACCCCGUGGUAUUACAGUGAAGUGUCGAAUCACUAGAGAUAAGAAGGGAAUGGACCGACGCCUCUUCCCUACCUAUUACAUGCACCUGGAAAGGGAUGACAACAGAAAGACAUUCCUUCUUGCAGGGAGAAAACGAAAAAAGAGCAAAACAUCUAAUUACCUCAUAUCAGUUGACCCAACUGAUUUGUCCCGGGAAGGAGAAAGUUUCAUUGGAAAACUCAGGUCAAACCUCAUGGGAACUAAAUUUACAGUCUAUGACCGUGGAGUUGGCCCAGCCAAGGCACAAGGUCUAGUGGAAAAGGCUCAUACUAGACAGGAGCUUGCAGCUAUUUGUUAUGAAACCAAUGUGUUAGGAUUCAAGGGUCCCAGAAAAAUGUCUGUGAUCAUUCCAGGAAUGAAUAUGAAUCAUAAGCGAAUUCCAGUCCAUCCAAGAAAUGAACAAGAGAGUCUGCUGUCAAAAUGGCAAACCAGAAAUUUAGAGAACGUCAUCGAGUUGCACAACAAGGCUCCAGUCUGGAAUGAUGAUACUCAAUCCUAUGUUUUGAACUUCCAUGGGAGAGUCACUCAGGCCUCUGUGAAGAACUUCCAGAUUGUCCAUGACAAUGACCCUGACUACAUUGUGAUGCAGUUUGGCCGUGUAGCAGAAGAUGUGUUUACUCUGGACUACAAUUAUCCUCUCUGUGCUCUUCAGGCCUUUGCUAUUGGGCUCUCCAGCUUUGAUAGUAAAUUAGCCUGUGAGUGAGACACAACCGAGUGGAAACAUGGAACUUGUUCCCACCCCUGCAUCUUAUUAUAAAAGUUCCAGGUGGAGUAAUGAAAAGCACAUUGGCAAUGAAAGGGAACUGAACAGCAGACUUCUGCAGGCUUAUUAGAAAGCAAAUACCAAGGCUCGGAGCCUUAUGGUAGUUGACAGUAGACCAUUUUAGGAGAUUCUCCCAAGACUGAACAGUCUCUAUAUGCAAUGUGGAAGAACAAGAGAUAUGGAUGAUGGUCAUUGGUGUGAUUCUGCUUUCAGAAUCCUUGUAACAGAUGCCAAGGAAUUUAUUCCACUAAUUGGAACCCCUUGCAUGUAGGACUAGAAAAACAGUGGUUUAGUAUUCAUAUACAUUUUUACUCUGUGGGAUGAUUUUCUGCUGAGGCUGACAGUCCAGUUCCCUUUCCUUAUUCUUAUUGUCUGACAGGUUUUUUUUACCAAACAAAGAACAAUAAAAUCUCAAAUGCUCCCUUUUUAGUUUGUGAUAUUAUAUCCAUUGCUAUUGUUACUCUUAACCAUGUGAAAAAUGAGACUGAAUACGUGAUACAAUUUGGCUGGAUUUGUCAGAAGGUAGUAUUGUAACAAUAUACAAUGCUACUUCUGAAAAGCCGUGUUCUGAUCGGUUGAAUCUAAACUGUAAGCUGAUCAGAAAUGUUUUUUAAUUUGUCCAUUUUCUGUAAAAUUUUAAGGGAGAAGUUAGUGACAUAUAAUUUUUUUUUAAUGUGAGCUUAUCUGAAGUCAUGACAUAUUAGAUUUUAUAUAAAUAAUUUUAACCUGACUAUAAGGAGUUACCUCAAAAGGAGAUUACAGGUAUUUUCAAAGGCAUCAGUAAGUUUAAAAAAAAAAAAAAAAAGGUAUCAUGGGCCUUUGCAGUGUAUCCUUCCAGUGUUCCAUUUUCAAUGCUGGAUGUACAAUAUGGAGACUGUAGGUCACAGCAUGGAAAGCUUCUUGGUUUAUAAGCCUUGAUUCAUCAGAGUGAGGUGCUGUACAUCAUGACGUAAACCUUGUAGUGUAUGCAUCUGUUGUGCACUAAAGUAGAGAAUGUUCCCUGUUUCAGGGCCAUUAUUCUUGAUGAUCCUGGAAAACUCUGUCCCUCUACUGAGACAAGAAUAGGUGCACUCCAGCUUUGGAUACUCUCAUCGUCAGCAGACUGACUCUAUUUCAAUCUCCAAAGAGAUGAAUUUAUAGCUUUUGGUCUCUGGAGUCUUUGCAGUGGUAGAUAUCAUUUGCUUUUUCAAAAUAAUGAAACUUUGUGAAGACUUUAUGUAAACUCCGUAUUUAACUGUAAAUUAUGAAUUUAUGCCAAGACCUCCAGCUCGCUAGUCUCUCGGAUGCCCAUUCUGCAUUAGCUGGUGAGCCCUGACAUGGUGUCAUCAGCAGAGCAAUCACAAAGUCAACUUGAAUGGUGGAUCUCUUUUGUGCCUUUGUGUAGUUUUUGCUCACCAGGCUGUGGACAAGACCUGGCAGUGUUUUCCAGUUGUGCUCUUCUGAGUUCUUGGCUGGUGGCUCUGCAUUCCUUCUGUCCAUUCAGAAAAACAAAAUGUUUGUUACCUAUCUGAUUAUUUUUCUGGUGAAGACUGUGUGAAAGAAACUCCCUUAUGUUAGUUUGGAGUGGCCUGAAAGUAGAAUGUUCAUAUCCAAUUAAAGAUUAUAUUCUCUGUAUUCAGAAAGCCACAAUAGCAACCCUUUACUCACCCCCUCAGUAAGGCUUGUCAACAGUGGCUCUUCAAGAUAUUUGUUGACAUGAAAUGAUCCUAGCAGGGUCAGGGCCUCUGGAUCUCAGUCAGAUGACGGAGACAGAUUAACUGAUUCAGUACUCUUUUAUCAGAUAAUGUUUUACAUUAAUUGUAUGUAUAACUUUUAUAUAUGAAUGUAAAUAAACUAAUUUAUACAUUGAAAAAA